AUUUUCACAAGCUUCAUAAUAAAAUCAACGCAAUUCUUCCUCUCCUCAAGCUUUCGACGACUCAACCUCUCAUAAUCGUAAAGCAGUUUCGUCGAAAUAUCAUACACGCAAGCGAAUAUGUCAACGUCGCACGCGACACUCAGCGCGGCGGCCGACGACCGCAAGGCGCGGCUCGCCAAGCUCAAGAACCUGAAGCGCAAGCAACCCGCCGACGAGAUCGCGCCGCCGGAAUCCGAGCGGUCGGCGUCGCCCCCCGCGCCGCCGCCACGCGCGGAGGCGGAGGGGGGUUCGCAAGAACGCGACGACGACAACCAGCAGCAGCAGCUGGAGAACGACGUGACGCGGCUGCACCUGUCCGGCCGCAACUACGACGCCGAGGCCAAGGGGGCCAAGCUCGGGUUCGAGGCGCCGCCGACGGCGAGCAUGGCGGGCCCGACGCUGGAGCAGCAAGCGGCGGACGUCGAGGCCGAGAUCAAGCGGAAGGCGGCCGAGGACGCGAAGGAAGACAAGGGCAUCGACCUGUUCAAGCUGCAGCCCAAGAAGCCGAACUGGGACCUGAAGAGGGACCUCGACAAGAAGCUGGAGGUGCUGAACGUGCGCACCGAUGGCGCGAUCGCGAGGCUGGUUAGGGAGCGCGUCGCGAACGCGCAGACGGCGGCGAAGAAGACGGCGAAGCUUCAGGUUGGGAAUGGGAAUGGGGAGGGCGAGAGCGAGGAGGCGCCUGGUGUGGAUGGGGUUGCGUUGGUGGAGGGUCUACGGGUGAGGGAGAGGGAGGAUGAGGAGGAGGAGCGGAGAGAACGUGAUGAGGAAGAUGGUAUAUAAGGCAAUUCCACGAGUGUUUAUUUGCAUUGUUACGGCGUUGGAUUUUAACAGCAUUGGCGAAAAAUGGAUUACAAUAUGUGCAAGCUUAAGUAAAAUUGGUUUUC